GCUUCCAGGGAGGCGGGCCUGGGCGGGCCAGGGCGCCGCGGCUGACGGCGGGGGAGGAGCCGGGUCCACUGCCGGGUGGAGGGGCAAGGCGAGUGUCCUUAUCCUACCGAUUGGGGCCCGGGCCUGUGAGCCAGUUGGAGUCGCGGCAGCGUGAGCGAUCGGGCCGAGCGGAAGCAGACAUGUUGCUCUUCGUGGAGCAGGUAACAUCUAAAGGCACUGGUUUAAAUCCUAAUGCCAAAGUAUGGCAAGAACUUCCUUCUGGAAAUCCUGAUGGCACUCCUGUAACUGAAAGCUCUUGGCAUGAAACUGCAGCCACAUCUGGGUCUCAUCCUGAGGGUAGUGCAGAACUUUCAGAAGAUAUGUGCAAGGAAUAUGAAGUAAUGUAUCCUCCAGCUUGUGAACCCACAAGAAAUACUGCAGACAUCGAAGAGUCAGCUGAUGGAGUGAUUUUAGGACCUGAAGAUCUGGGUUACCAAAUAUAUGAUGUUUCUGGAGAAAGCAGUUCAACAAUUUCUACAGAAGACUUAAAAGAAUGUCUGAAAAAGCAAUUAGAGUUCUGUUUUUCACGAGAAAAUUUAUCGAAGGAUCUUUACUUGAUAUCUCAAAUGGAUAGUGAUCAGUUCGUCCCAAUAUGGACAGUUGCCAACAUGGAAGAAAUAAAAAAACUGACCACAGAUCUGGAUUUAAUUCUUGAGGUGUUGAGAUCUUCCCCUAUGGUACAAGUUGAUGAGAAGGGCGAGAAAGUGAGACCGAGUCAUAAACGUUGUAUCGUAAUUCUCAGAGAAAUUCCUGAAACAACACCAGUAGAGGAAGUGAAAGCUUUGUUUAAAAGUGAAAACUGCCCCAAAGUGAUAAGCUGUGAAUUUGCACACAACAGCAACUGGUACAUCACUUUCCAGUCAGACACAGAUGCACAGCAGGCUUUUAAAUAUUUAAGAGAAGAAGUUAAAACAUUUCAGGGCAAGCCAAUCAUGGCAAGGAUAAAAGCCAUUAAUACAUUUUUUGCUAAGAAUGGUUAUCGAUUAAUGGAUUCUAGUAUGUAUACUCAACCCAUUCAGACUCCAACCCAAUACCCCUCACCAGUCUUUAUGCCGCCAGUGUAUAACCCUCACCAGCAGUACUCAGUGUAUAGUAUUGUGCCUCCGUCUUGGUCUCCAAGUCCUGCACCUUACUUUGAAACACCACUGGCUCCUUUUCCAAAUGGUAGUUUUGUGAAUGGCUUUAGUUCACCGGGAUCUUAUAAAACAAAUGCUGCUGCUGUGAAUAUGGCCCGACCAUUCCAAAAAAAUCGUGUGAAGCCUCAGUUUAGGUCAUCCAGUGGUUCAGAACACUCAACAGAGGGCUCUGUGUCGUUGGGGGAUGGACCAUUGAGCAGAUCUAGUUCAAGGAACUUUCUCUCAGAACGGCAUAACCCUACAGUAACAGGGAAUCAAGAACAAACUUACCUUCCAAAGGAGGCUCCCAUUUUACAGAUGGAACAGAAUGGGGACUUUGGUAGAGGCAGGAGAACGCUUUUCAGAGGUCGAAGACGGAGAGAAGAUGACAGGAUCCCAAGACCCCAGCCUUCAACACCUGAAGCGAAGGCUCCAACACCAAAGUUUGACUUAUUAGCUACAAAUUUUCCUCCUUUACCUGGAAGUUCGUCAAGAAUGCCAGAUGAACUUGUUUUGGAGAAUAGAAUGUCUGAUAUUGUUAAAGGUGUCUGCAAAGAAAAGGACAGUGAAGACUUGAGAGUUAGUUGCCCAGUGCCUGCAGAGGAUGAACAGACAGACUGUGCUUCUGCCCAGCAACUCAGCAGAAGUCCUGGUCCUUCCUGUACUGCUGAGCCUCCUGCGUUAAGCACAACUCAGCAAGAGAAGGAUCAGAUGGAGGAUUCUGCAGUUCCAAAGGAUGGUCUCAGUCAGAUGACUGUACCUGUUUCUUCUCCAGCUACUACAAAGCCAUCAAGGGCAGACACUGCUUCACCUUGCAAUAGUAACCUAAACACACCCACAGCUGUGAGUCUCCAGGAACCUCGAAAGUUAAGUUAUGCUGAAGUAUGUCAGAAGCCUCCUAAAGAGCCGUCUCCAGUUCCUGUACAGCCACUACGGGAACUUGGAUCCAAUGUCGUGUCUCCCACCAGAAAUGAAGAGAACGGAGCUCCUGAGAAGCCUGUUGAAAAAGCACAUGAGAAACCAGAAACAAGGGCUAGUAAGGAUCAUUCUGGCUUCCGCGGCAAUACCAUUCCCAGGGGAGCAGCUGGAAAAAUCAGGGAACAGAGACGCCAGUUUAGCCAUAGGGCUACACCUCAGGGAAUGACUCGACGUAAUGGGAAGGAGCAGUUCGUGCCACCCAGAUCACCAAAGUAAAACCAAACCGUAACAAAAAUCACUCAGAAACUUCUCUCUUCCCAUUAAACUUGAGCCUAUAUUGAACUGUUCUGGAGGGAGGAAGUAGCCAGGAAAGAUGGGAAGUAUGUCCUUAAAUAAUGGAUUUUGGAAUUGUAAGAGGAGCCCAAAAUUCAUCUCUAAACGUUUUUCAAAUGCUGGAGGAUUCCAAUCAGUAUAAAUAUAUAUAAAUAUAUAUAUACACAUAUAUAUAAAUAUAAUUUUCUAUUUUUGUUUUUGAUUUUAAUUUGCAGGGAUUUUCUGCCUGGAAUCAAUUUUGAGGGUUCAGAUUUAGCUUGGGAGAGAAAACAAAAAAACAUUAUACAUCCUUCAGUAUAGGAGACGAGGGAGUGAGAGAAAAUAUUUUUUGAAGAAAUUUUGACAUUUCUGUAAAAAUUAGAAAUUACUUUUUUUAAUCUAUUUAAAGUUUGGCUUGAAGAAUGCCAUCUCUUGACUAAAUGGCCUUGUGUUGCAAAGCAGAUCAGUAGCUGGGGUGUCUGUUCUGGGUAUGAGUGUGUGCAAACGUGAUUUAAGCCAAAUCUGUUGUCAUGUUAGUAAAUGAUUUGAAAACUGAAUGUAAUACUUGAGUAGAUUUUUUGUAGUUUGGACUUUAGUUUUUGACAUUACUAAUAUUGUGUUAUAUUGGGCUAGCUGUUAAGCUCUGAUUGUGUGUGAAGCUGUGACUACCAAUCAGUUUGAUAUUCAAGAAAAGAAUAGAGAUUAUUAAAAAAAAAAAUGGAAAAAUUCUGUUUUAGACCUGAAUACUGGAUAGGUCAAAUAGAUUUCAGAGGUUCAAACUGCCCUGUGACUUUUUUUUUUCUUCACUUCUCUUUAAAAUGGGAGACAAAUUUUUUUUCUUAGUUGUUUAUUUGUCUCUGUUCUUUGACUUUUCACCCCCAGAAGCAAAAUAACCAACUGUUUCCUGGAUUGUGGUUUCUCACUACUUUGACCAGUUUAAUCAAAUCAUAUAACUACCCUAAAUAUUAUAAUGGAUUAUUGAAAGAUUUUAUUCUUCUAUUAAAGAAGUUAGAAUUUUAGAUCCCAGAAUGGUACUGGCCUGCCAUUAAUUUAUUUGUAUUGGUAUUAAAAAUGAAACAAUGUGCUUCUGGGUGUGGUGGCAGACAUCUUCAAUUCCAGCUUCCGAGGCAAAGGCAGGUGCAUCUGGGUUCCUGGCCCGCCUGGUUUUCGUGAGAUCCUGUCCAUGCAGGCCUACCUAGUGAGAGACCCUGUCUCCAAAAAAAAAAGAUGAAAAAAAAGAUGAAAAAAUGAAAGAUGAAGCAAUGUAAAAGAGGAAAAAAAUUUAAGAAUUAAUUUGGGGGAAUUUUUCUUUUUACAAUAUUUGGCAUCUUUCUGACCCCAUCCCCCCAAAAAAUACAGUUUGGAAUUUACUGACUAAAAACAGCAAGUCAGGGAAUUUUUGAGAUAAAGUGAGAAAAAUGGUUGAAGAAAAUACAUGCAUAAUUUCUCAGUGAAUAAAGUUGUAGCUGUCAUAUAUUAAAUAGGCAAGUUUACAUACUGGUAUUUAGAAAACAGCUCAAAAAUGAUAAACCAUGUUGCAUUAAUCGUUUUAAGUCAUACCAUUUUUAUAGUUCUAUGUAGGGUGGUGGUUUAUUUUUCUGCUUAGGGAUAGUUUACAAUAGUAAGAACUGUCCCUUAUAUUAGUGAGUUUCGUUUGUACAAAUUGAAACUGUAAAUUGUGAACACUGGAAAGCAACAAACAUUGUGACAUAAACAUCGUAGUAAUAUAUUUAAAAUGAAUGUAAAUGGAAGUUAAAAUUACAUAACUGUGAAAAUUACCUUCCAACUCUUAAGUGUCAGAGAUUUGUGUUAGUGGGUAAUUCUUAAAAGCUUUGAAAACACUGCACGAUCCGUGUAACCAGAAUUAUUAUUUCUUUGUAACUUAUUCAACUUGACAAGCGCUUUUGAUUUGGUGGGUUGAUAACAUGGUAUAUUUGCUCAGUUGGAAAUGAUUAUUUCUAUAUACUAUUUUUUUAAUCAUCUACUAGAUGAAACAUACAAUAAAACUACCUGUACUAAAAUUUGGGAGAACUUUAGAUCCUUUAAAAAGUAUUAAUAAUCGUUAGCUACAUCUAUGAUAAAAGUGUUUAUUCUCGUUUACUUAGAAAUGAUAAACAUUUAAAGUGUUAACAUCCUAUGAAUGCAGUGGAUUAAUAGAAUAAACAUUUUGCAAAAAUCA